AUGGGCUCGACGGUCUCUACUCUCUUUGUUACGAUCUUGUCAGUGGCAGUCAUGGUACUGAAGAAUAACAACGCUAUAAAACAGGUAUUGGCAGGUAAACUUCAAAAUUCCCUGUCAAAACUUAAUCGACACAUUCCGAUUUCUACAGGCUUCCAAUUGAGUCAAUCACCGCACUUUAGCAAUGCAAUUGGACUUGUGGACGUUUACAAUUCGUUGUUGCAAUUGCAAGAAUAUGGCGCUAGGGCCUACCAACAAAAUGCUAUACUUUACCAUAGAGCAAGAGCUCUAGAGCCUACACAAAUUGAGCAAUUGCGUACGUUAAACUACUACGAAAAGCUCGAGCAGGUCAAUGAGUCUAUUUCUGUUAAUGUCAAAACUACGCAACUUAUAGUGGAAAACGCACUCACAAAACUAUUGCGUAACAACUCUCUUGACAGCAGAGACGGGAAAGAACUGAUAUCCAUUUGCAAAGGUUUGGGCUACGAGUGUAAGCAGGACGGGGUACUGAAACGUAUCCCAGUGCAUAAGAUCACACUCAGCCCGAAGUCCAACCAGGGUCGUGUUAGUGAGGCGAUCUCACACAUGUGCAGAGACUGGCAUCAGAGCUUCCAAAACGAGAGAAGGCCCCUGACUGAGUUUAUGAUCUCCCGAGUACGUGAACUAAAGCUCAAGGGAAAAACUCUGCUUGUGGUUCCCGGUUCUGGCGCAGGCGGCCUCGCAUAUGAAAUAGCCACCGCUUUUGCGAGCCACGAAGUUCAUUCUAUUGAACUUUCCACACUCAUGUACCUGUGUAAUGACUUCGCUUUAGACUAUGAAGGCUCUGCGACUAUUAAACCCUUCACACAACAUUUCUCCGGUCAACUUAGCACAGAACUACAAACUCGACCUUUCAACAUAAACUUCAACAAAGUUCAUCGGCCAGCGAACCUCAAAAUACAUUUGGGUAACUUUUGUGAAUUCAAACCGCAAGAUGACUAUGAUCAGAUCAUAGUACUGUCAGCAUAUUUCAUAGACACAGCGGAAAAUUUGUUCGAUUAUUUUGAUGCAAUCGAAGGGCUAAAGUCCUCCUGCUCAAAACUCCACUGGUUGAAUGUCGGUCCGUUGAAAUACGGCACUCAACCCAAGGUUCAACUAACAGAUGAAGAGCUCUCCAAGCUACGAGAGGCAAGGAAGUGGAAAGACCUUUAUCACAGUUGUAACCCCAAAGAACUUUGUGGCUAUCUCACAAACGAAAAGUCGCUUUAUCAAGGUUAUUACGGCUUAGUUAAGUUUCAUUCUGUAUACACAGGUAAUUAA